CAGGCAAACGAAACGCGAACGGAAAAAUAUUCAUCGGUCAGGCAACAACGUCGUCGACAGCGACUAGUUUAGGUAAACUCAACUCAAAUCACAACCGCACAGCAACGCCAACCAAAGACUACCCAACCAGCCGAGCGCACGGCACACAGCACAUAGCGAUUAGUCCAACACAGGCACACAUACCUACGUACGGAAUACAGAAGGAAGGCGCAGUUGUCGCUGAAAUAAAAGAAAAGCGAAACGACAACGAAGCGAACCACAAAGAGGAGAUGAAGAUAAAACGAGAAAAAGAAUUCUGUCGAUUUUUAUUCGUCGCUCGCGUAGACUGCGAAACUUGAAAGUGAAUUGAAAAUAAUUUUUACUGUCGGUGGCGUAAAGGAGGCGAUUUUUGAAGAUAAAGUAUAGUUUUUCAGGCGCAAAGAAGCCAUUAUUGACGAAUUUUCGAAUUGAGGUGAGUGUAGAAUCGUGUUUUCGAAGGAAGAGCCAUUACGACUCAUCCACCACCACCAUUAUCAUUACAAUUACUACCACAGUUGCGUGUGGUACCAACACCAAUACCAGCAACAAGCAACCACCAGUGCAACCACUGUUUUGCUAACCAACCAACAUUGCCAUCGAUCGAUCCAUCUGCCAGCAACAGAAAUAGCAACGGGGGCACAUACGGACAUAUAUUUAUCACAAUAGUGUAGUACCUACAUCCAUAAGUUUUAGAAACGUCAACGUGAUCGCUACAAUACAUAACAGAGCAGCAGCAGCUGUAUACAAUAUGACAAGCAACAAGGACACUGCGUCGUUCUUUGAGAAUGGUACAACGCAUCAAUUUGAAUACUGUUACAAACUUUAUCCCCAAGUGCUGAAGCUAAAGGCGGAGAAGCGCAAUAAAAAGCCACAAGAGCUUAUACGUUUGGAUGAAUGGUAUCAGAAUGAAUUGCCAAAAUUGAUAAAGGCACGAGGGAAGGAUGCACACAUGGUCUAUGAUGAACUGGUACAGACCAUGAAGUGGAAACAGUCACGCGGUAAAUUUUAUCCACAGCUUUCGUACUUGGUAAAGGUAAAUACACCGCGUGCUGUAAUGCAGGAGACGAAGAAAGCUUUCCGUAAACUGCCCAAUCUAGAACAGGCCAUAACAGCGUUGUCAAAUUUGAAAGGAGUUGGCACGACUAUGGCUUCGGCGCUGCUAGCGGCUGCAGCACCCGAUUCAGCACCAUUUAUGGCAGAUGAGUGCCUAAUGGCCAUUCCAGAAAUCGAGGGUAUUGAUUAUACCACCAAAGAGUACCUCAAUUUUGUGCAACACAUACAAACCACAGUGGCACGUCUAAAUACGGAGGCUGGCGGCGAGACGCCACAUUGGUCGCCACAUCGCGUUGAGUUGGCACUAUGGGCACACUAUGUUGCCAAUGAUUUGAGUCCGGAACUUUUGGAUGAAAUGCCUGGACCAGGCGCAGGUGGUGGCGCAAAUACCAAUGGCAGUACAGUAAAGGCAGCAGCACCAGUGGCUAAAGUGCUCGGCGGUGAAGGUGAAGACACUAAUGAUGAAGAGAGUUUAGGAGCAGCUGAUAAUGAUCACAACAACACAACAGCUAUUGUAACAGCGCCAACUGCUCUACAAGAUGGCGAUUCCAAUUUUGUUUCAAACGAUUCCACCUCACAAGAGCCCAUCAUCGAUGAGAAUACCACACAGACCACAGCUACAACCUCAACCGACGACGGCGAAGUUGGCACGCCGCUUGCAUCUGACUCGGAGAGCAAUUUGGAGGCACCCGAAAAGGCUAAACUUAAACAUAAUAAUAGUAACAGUAGCAUAAUUGCAAAUAUUAAUAGUAAUAGCGAUAUUAUUGGCAUUGCACACAGUGUUGUGGGCGAUAACAGCAACAACUGCCGGCAGAAAGCUGUAGAUGAUGCAUUAGUUGGCAAUAGCAAUGGCAAUGGUAAUGGUACUUUAGUGUCUUCGGGCGCACCGAUCAGUGAUGGCGAGAACAGUAGUUGCAUACGUUCUACUGGUAACGAAGAGGCCAGCGAGGAGGACGACGUUGACGCUGAGGACGAGAGCAGUAAUAGCAACAGUCGUCACAUCGGUCAGAGUCACAAGUCAAUAACACCACUGUUUGGCAGUAAUUUGAACGACUCUACAAAUUGCACCAAUACCAAUGUCAGCGAUUCCAACAACGACUCGACGCUUAGCAGCGGUGCUGCUGGUAUUGUGUCGCAAAAACGUGCACUGCACUGUGCUGAUGUCGGUAGCGAAGUCGUUGACGGUAUUUUAAUGGCAGAUGAGGCCGACAGUCAGCCUGAGCCGAAGAAAAUACGAGGUGAAUAAAUUUGCGUACGCAUAAACAAUAAUGCGUGUGGACUAGAGGGGAUUAGCGGUUUAAUUAAGCCUAAUUAUUAAUAAAGAAAAUAUUUAGAAUAUAGUGAGCAAACGCGCUGCCUGCCGCUUGGCAGGUGAAAAGACAUACAUACCUAAUAAUAAGAUAGCCGCCACCUGACAAAAGAUUGGCGUGGCGUGGCGUGGCGUGGCGAAGAGAAAAGGCUGGACGAUAGAGCGUGUGUUUGUAUUGCAGGAUCACAUUAAUACUUUAGUUUUAAGUACAAUAAACAAUUUUUACGGUUAACACCUUAACAAAACAACAAAAAAUAGAACACAAAUGUAACGUAACAAGCAAGAAAAUGGAAAAAAGCGUACGAAAAAAUACAAAAGAAUGCAAAAUUUCGUUUGGAAAGUGUUUGCCAAGUAUUUAAAAAAACAAAAAAAAAGGAAUCGUUUUGGCGAUUUUCAAAAAUCACCAAAUGAGAAAAUGCUGUCAUGCAUCAGUAACAAAUGCCUUGAAAUCACACAGAAAUACACAUCCACACGCGCACAGCGCACAGUUGUCCAAGUACUUACUUUACGUCUAUACAUAUGAAUGUACAGUGGGCGCUUACUUGCGGCUGCUGCUGCUGUGCAAUUUGCAUUUUACUACGAUUUUUAUGCACUUUUCACAAAACAAUUGCUUAUUUACUCUUAAUGUUUUUAUUUACGUUUAAUUAAAUUUUUUUAUUAUUCGUAAUUCAUUUUUCGUAACACUACAUUUUCAGCUUACAAGGAAAAUCUUCAAAAUUAGCAUUUUCCUAUAAAAAAAAAGAGAAUAUAUACAUAUGUAUGUUAGUUUAGUUUAAUAAUAUUUUAAUGUAGUUCAUCAUCAAAGCAUAUUUAUUAAUGCAUUUUUUCCACAACCAAACAAAUGUAUGAAAAAAAAAAUAACAGCAAGCAUUACGUACAUUAAUUUUUUAUUUUUUUUUUUUUUUUGAAAUUACUGUAAAACGAAAAAAUAAGCAAACAUAUACAAUACAAAACCAAAAUAUAUUGAUAUGUAAUCAAAGUUGAUGCGAAAUGUGCGUAAAUAUGGCAAAAAAGUAUAACGAUAAAAUUAUUGAGCGAAAACGGAGAAAAAAAAAACAAAAAUUCAUAAAGCGAAAUUAUAUAUAUAAAAUGAUUAAAAUAAUACAAAAACAUACAGUAAGUAAUGCAAAUUAUUUAUAAUUAAUUAGUAAUGUAAUGUAUACUAUACUUACUUAAAAUCAAAUUAUAAAGCCACACAAUGCAUAUACAUACAUAUUUACACCAACAAAGGUUUAAACAUUUUAACAACACGCAUCCAUACACUUGCAAAACAUUAUAAUUUUACAACAAAAUAAACAGUGAUAAAAAAACUA